UGUGUAGGCUCCGGCUAUAGGUGAAGCGUCUUCAUCUGUCUAGCGGCGUAGGCGGGACUCUGGUUUCUGCAGCUCCUGAGAGGCGAUAGAAGCUCCAGCAGCGCUGCUCGCUUUCUGUCCGAGAGCAUCUCUGUCAGUUGCCAGUGUCUGCGAUUUGCAUCCGGAUGCGGGUAGCACUGUGGGAGCCAACGCGGUGAGACUGGAGCAUCCGAAAGACGCCUCAGCCCGAGGAGCCUAUAUAAUUAUACCCCCCCCACCUAGAAAUUGUCGGCUCACCUGGAUAAAGCGGUUCUUCAUACGGGAAGGGGAAGAAGUGAGCCAAGCACCCGGCACAUUUGGCUAGAGGAAGCGAGAAGAAUAUGAUCCUUAAACAGCAUUUUCCCUUUAUUUUCUAUAUUGUCUGCGGGAUCGUGCUGAAAGCGUCAGCUACAAAAAACAAAGGGAGAGGCAGCCAGGGCCAGUUCCCCAUCACACAUAACGUGACAGUGGCAGAGGGGGGGACGGCCGACAUGACCUGCCGCGUGGAUCACAAUGACAACACCUCCCUCCAGUGGUCAAACCCUGCACAGCAGACUCUUUUCUUCGGGGACAAGAAAGCCCUGAGGGACAACCGGAUCGAGCUGGUACGUGCCUCCUGGCAGGAGCUGGCCAUCCGCAUCAGCGAGGUGGCACUGACAGAUGAAGGACAAUACACCUGCUCGCUCUUCACCAUGCCCGUCAAGACCGCCAAGGCUUUCCUCACCGUGCUGAGGGUUCCGGAGAAGCCGGAAAUAGCAGGAUUCACAAAGCCGGCCAAGGAGGGAGACCAGAUCACCUUGACGUGCGUGACCUCCGGGAGCAAGCCGGCCGCUGACAUCCGGUGGUUCCGCAACGAGAAGGAAAUCCAAGGCGCCAAAGAAGUGAAUGCCAGUGGAAAGACGUUCACGGUCAGCAGCACCCUGAGGCUACAGGUGGACCGCGACGAUGACGGUGUGGCCUACACCUGCCGGGUGGAGCACGUGGCACUGUCCUCCUCACCACAGCAGACCACCGAGGUCCUGGAGGUGCACUAUCCGCCCUUUGUAGACAUCACGUCAUCACUGACAUUCCCAGAGGAGGGGGAGUAUUUAAAACUGGAGUGCGUCUCCAAAGGAAACCCACUACCCGAUUCUGUGCUAUGGACAAAAGAUGGAGGCGAGCUUCCUGACAUUGACCGGAUGAUUGUCGAAGGCAGGGAGCUGACCUUCACAUCUCUCAACAAGACGGACAACGGCACAUACCGCUGUGAGGCCAGCAACCACCUCGGGACCAGCAGGGCCGAAUACAUGCUCUUCGUGUAUGAUCCCAAUGCCUUGCAACAGAAAGGUCCAGACCACGCGCUUAUUGGAGGGGUGGUUGCGGUCGUUGUCUUCAUCACUUUAUGUUUGAUAAUUGUAUUAGGACGAUAUCUCGCUCGGCAUAAAGGGACGUAUCUAACGCACGAGGCCAAGGGGGCAGAGGACGCUCCCGAUGCAGACACGGCCAUCAUCAAUGCAGAGGGGAACCAGGCCCAUGCCGCGGAGAAGAAGGAGUACUUCAUCUAAUUCUGCGAGAGCUCGUCAGACAGCCGAUGGGCAGGUCUUAGGAACUCAACACCAGCAUCGCUCUGGUCCUAACCUCCCCUCCAUUCCUUCUCCUAUCCUUCUCAGUCAAUUUGCAGAUCAACUCAUAAUUCUUCAAAUAGCUACUUUUUUAAAGUACGCGCCUAAUUACGAUGCCAACUUUUUGUACUCACAUCCCCUCACCACCAGAGUCCCUAACCCUUCCUCCCUGAUAUAUUGUUUUUUCAUAGUGCCUAAAUUUAAGGACGCCCAUCUGAAGUCAAUGACUACAAAAACGAUUCUUAUUAGGGAUUAACAGGUGUUUCUAGAGGUGAAGAAGAUGUGCCAAAACCCCACCGAUAUGUCUAAUCUGCUGGUACUUUUCAUCUGGAGGUCUGGUAUUUCUGAGCAAUGUGGACACUUAGUUCAGAAAAGCUCAGACACGCAAAUGAGUUAGCUUUAAACAGAGAGAGAGAAAGUGAAAAAAACCCAAACAUGUAACUGUAUAGUUGUUCUUGAUGUAAACAGAGUCAAAUUCAUUUUGACGAAAAAAUGCUACUGGACGUAAAUGGAAUAUGUGUGUGUGCUUUUUUAAAAAAUAUGUUUCAAAUCAGUGAAGGGAUUUAUUGUAAAAUUAAGUUCCUAAUCCAGUUUCUGUCUAAAUUUAAACCUGUACAAAAAAGAUGGAUAUCAGAAUCAAUAGAUAUUUGUGUAAAUAUCUCCUGCCCUAUAGAUGAAGAAUAAAAGCACAUCUUGGUACCUCUGCUCCCAGACUUUUCAGGGGGAACUUUCAUGUUUACUGUCUGAUAUAUAACGAAAAACAAAGUGAUGUUUCAAUUUUAAAUGAAAAAGCACAAAUUGUACAAUUGUAAAAAAGUUACACUGUUUUGGCUUUUAAAACACACAUUGAUGUUAUAUUUCAUAAUUGGACUCCGACCUUACCUGAUAUAUAUGUCCAGAUGUAGAAAUUAAGUGAAUUAUAAGUUAAUUUAUUUAGUCAAUGAAAUUGUUCAGCAAACUAGCAGAGUUUCUCCCUAGUUGAUAAUACCAUGCAUUACCUUUGCUAUAUGUAGUUAUUAGUGAAAUUGUUGUUGACUUUGGAAUCCCUCAUACUUUGAAAUUUGUAUAUUAGCCAAUUUAUAUAUUGAAAAAUACUGUACUCUGUAAAUCAUAAAUCAUAAAUCUC